GUAAAAAGAAAAACAACGUGAAAAAAGGCUUAGCAGGAGACAGCAAAGUAGAAGAUACUUUUUCUGACCUGAAUUUGCAACCAGCAUGUGAAAACAUUCUCAGCCAAGAUUCAAAAUCUGAUUUGAGGCCUGUUUUUGAUUUGCAAAAAUUUCCAAAAACGAGCUGCGAAUCUCUGCGUUUUUCAGACUCUGCAGAUUUUUCUACUGCAUUAGGAAAGCCAAGAAACUUCUUUUUUGCUUCACAAAAUCCAGAAAAUGAAUUGCUUGUUAAGGAGCCUAUGGCUUCUUCUGCAAAUACUGAUCUUCACCUCAGUGGCAUUGACUGGGAAGGGACAUCCUUCAGCAUUUCCCCAAGAAAUGUUAAUCUACCUUGGUAUUCAGAAUCUGACUCUGGCCUAUGCAAUAAUUCUUUAAAGCAGUGCUCUCCACCAUACAGUAAAGCAGCCAAAAUCCUCACGCAGCAUUCAGAUUCUGCAAAAUCAAACCCCAAUCUGAUCACUGGUGUUUCAAAAACAGGCUUUCCUAAAGAGAAGAAUGCUUUGUCUUUAAAAGAUCGAGCCACUAUGGAAAGUUUAGAAGCUUUUCCCAAAGCUAAAAGUGUGCCUUUGUUAAACGCCGCCAUACAAUUGCAAGAACAAAUAAAGAGAACUUCUAACCCUGGAGGGGAAUUUUCAUCUCCUGACAGCAUUCAGGAAAUUGAAAAUGUGAUGUUACUAGAAAAACAUCUGCGGGGGCUAAGCUUAGAGAGCUAUAGAGAAGAUCUCCAAAGUUAUAAGGACCCACCAACUGCAGCAGAUAAAGUCAAGGAUUCAGGAAGUUCUUUGAGGCUGUGCACUGAAGUGCUAAAAGUGAGUCCUUUAGAAAACGAACAGCAAAUUUUGCUCCCUAGGUCAAAUAAAGUCCUAGAUAACUGUCAGAUUGAGGGGAAAUCUGUGCCAAGAAUCACGAAAAGCUCACUUAAGAGUGUGUGCCAAAAUAAUGAUCCUGCUGAUGACAGUGAUAGCGAAAAUGUGGAGGGCAGGUGGAAAGGUCAUAGCAUCUCAAAACAACAACGAAAGGCUCAUACGGUUCAGCCCAAGGACAAGUGCAAUGGCAAAAGAGACACCAAGAAAUUGGCAUUUAAGAUUCAGCCAGAACCAAAAGGGAAAGUUGAGCACGCUCUUAAAUUACUCAACGCUGAUUUAUCCACAGAAGAGCAUCUGCUUCUACCUCUCUCCAAGUCUGUAUCCAUUUCAAAUUAUGGGCUUUUACUUCAGGCUGGAAUGGCCCCCAGUGGCAGUUCUGGAUACCCAUUGUUGAUCAAGAGUCAGCACUUGAGAGAUCAGUCUUGGCACAACGCAACUCCUAAUAGUGAUGGUGAUCAGAUCAAGAGGUUUGCUGUCAAGAAAAUGAACUGGACCGAGCAGUACGCCUGUGAGAAAUUGUGUAGCCUUCUGACUUACUAUGACAUGAACAGAAAGAAGUGUGGCCAUACUGAUCCGAAGCAGCUGCAGGCCCUGCGGUAA